AUGGGGCAGCAGUUCAGCUGGGAGGAGGUGGAGGCUGCCGGGGAGAUGGACGUGGCGGAGCUGCAGGAGUGGUACAAGAAGUUUGUGGUGGAGUGUCCCAGUGGGACAUUGUUCAUGCACGAGUUUAAGCGCUUCUUCAAGGUCACCGGCAACGAGGAGGCCACCCAGUAUGUGGAGGGCAUGUUCCGAGCCUUCGACAAGAAUGGGGACAACACCAUUGACUUCCUGGAGUAUGUGGCGGCCCUGAACCUUGUGCUGAGGGGCACCCUGGAGCACAAGCUUAAGUGGACCUUCAAGAUCUAUGACAAGGACCGAAAUGGCUGUAUUGACCGCCUGGAGCUACUGGACAUUGUCGAGGCAAUUUACAAGCUGAAGAAAGCCUGCCGGGCAGAGCUGGACCUGGAGCAGCAGGGUCAGCUGCUCACGCCUGAGGAGGUCGUGGACAGGAUCUUCCUCCUGGUGGACGAGAAUGGAGACGGCCAGCUGUCUCUGACGGAGUUUGUUGAAGGUGCCCGUCGUGACAAGUGGGUGAUGAAGAUGUUACAGAUGGAUGUUAACCCUGGCGGCUGGAUCACUCAGCAAAGGCGGAGAAGUGCCAUGUUCUGA